UAUUGCCGGCCCUAGCCAAACUAUUCUCACACGGCCCUCGAAAAGUUUUCACUGGUAUUAACUGUCAGGUCCCCAGACCGCAACAGUUCCGAUUGCAUUGACUCAUAGGUAACAGAACCAGCUUUACCUGACGGAAAAGCGUUCCUGUCCUGGUGAAUGGGGCUGUGAUCCGCGUAUCAGGAGAGGAACAAGGAAGUUUGCGAACAGGACGGUGGAAUACGUACAAGUGAAACCUCUGCAUUGUUGAGUAACCAGGCCAAGAACGAUGUCGAAGAAAUUGGCAACUUACGAUGACGCCUUGUACUGGACAGCUGACGAAGUUGGAGAGUGGCUGCAACAGGUUGGUUUCUAUGAGUACGUGGAGCCCUUACAGAAACAUAACAUCGAUGGCAAGGAGCUCUUUGAGCUGUCAGAAAACAAACUGCGAAGACUGUACCCUAAUAUGCCGACAGGAAAGAGCGAUCCAGCCUCAAUGUUGUGGAAACAGAUAAACAAGGUCAAGGAGAACAGGAGAACUGGGAAGAAGUCCAAGCUGGGAUUCGGAAGUGCACGGACUAAGCCUCCUCCCAAGACACCGACACCGGACUACGACAAGUCAAAGCGGCAAGUCAGUAGGGAUGAACAAGGUAGCGAAGAGGAAGGUUGGGGCAGUGACUUCAGCGAUGGGGAUGGUCCGGGGUUUGAACAAGAGGUGGAAGAUGUCCAUCCACAAGGAAACACACAGGGUCGUGCACCAAGUUACAAUGGCUCCUCCACAUCCUCCUUCACAAAUCUGAGUUCUAGUGCAUCUGGGAAGGAUGACGACUCUAGCAUGUUGUACGAAGCCCCCAACCCAGAGGGAGAUUUUGAUGAGACAUACGAAGUGCCCACUGAACAGAAGAUCAGCUCAUAUGGUGACGGUGAUUGUGACGAGAUAUACGACGUGCCCCACGAAGAUGAGGAUGACAAUCUGCAGCCAGAUAUAAUGAGGAGGCCUCAGCCUGGUGGAAGGUCUUCAAGCCCACUGCCACCAGUUGUCUCGCCACGGCAUGAUCCACUCCGGCCCUUGCCGACCCUUCCCCCUCCCCAGCCAUCCCGGGCGCUGCCAUCACAGCAGCUGAGCCCUCGACACGCUCCCCCAAUGCCUCAAAGACCCAACCCCUCCCCGCAACACUUCCAGAGACAGAGUGAGCUCCCCGCCAAGCAGGAGGAAGAACAAGAAAACUAUGAGGUCCCCUGCAUAGAAGUGGAGCAGCCGAACUAUGAAGCCCCAAUAAUGGAUACACAGGAUGAAGAUGAGGACCCUGAAGAGGAGUAUCUUGUACCUGUGUCCGAGAGUGGAGGAUUGAUGUCACCCACAGGCCGUCCACCAGCACCACUUCCCCCUCAAGCUGGCAGUGGCAUGCCUCCCCCAAGGCCGAUGAAGCCUCCCGAACUGACCAUCUCCAACCCGCCACUACCGGACGAGACUUUGCCGCCACCCAUUCCCACACGGCCCGUGGUUACCCGGACGCCCAUUGAGAGCAAGGGCUUCAGCAAAGUCCUGCCCGAUCCCCCUCCCCACGUCAUCCGGGAAGUGAUGAACCGGCCGGCUGACGACCACCGACGGGACAGGUCCCCGGGCCGGGCUGGCAUCGGCCACCUCCUCAGCAAUGGGAGCAGGCCAGAUGAAAACCGGAAUUUUGCCCCCCGGCCCCCAGUGCUGGGCAGCACACCCAAGCCGCCCCCACCGUUGCCCAAGAACAUUCCGCGAGACCUGGAGCGGGCUCCGGAGGUCGAGGAGAACUCAGGAAGUGGCAGCGGAACCAUUAGCAGGAGGCUGCAGCAGUUCCAGGGGACAACAGAAGAGACGGAACCCACCCGGCCUCCGCUUCUCCCCAGGCCACAGGCAAACAAACCUGACCUGUCAGCCAAGCCUAAUGCAAGCAAGCCCGUGGGGCCCCGCCCAUCAUGGCUGAACUCAGCCGUCUCGGAGGGUAACUCACCAACGAGUAAUCCACCUGUGCCAGGUGGUAACAAACCACCCAUGCCUAGCCCUCCCCAAGCCUCGUUACCUGCACAGGUGCCCCCACGGCCAACACCUAGGUCUCGACCAAUCGCAGAGCUUCCCGCUAACGUCGAGUCGAAGCCAACACCCCCGAUUCCUACUAAGGAACCUGCCAAACAAAUCAAGAAGUUUACCCCGCAUGGCAGAAGGCAACCAGAGCUUCCCAAGCAGAUAGCCAAAGAUGUGCCACAGCCUCCGCCGCCUGAGCCUGAGCAAGCCCAUCCGGCGCCCAAGCCCAUGCCACAACCCCCUAAGCGGAGUGAAAUGACCGGCUAUCCGUGGUACGACCCUGAUCUGAGCCGGGAGGAAGCCGUGAAGAUCCUGAAGGAAAGCAAGAUGGAUGGUGCAUUCAUCGUCCGGAAUAGCAGCAAAGGAGAAGACAAUAUUCCCUACUCACUGUCUCUCUGGUACAACAACAAGGUCCGGAACCUGCACAUCCGGCUACGAGACGACGGCAAGUAUGCACUGGGCACCUACAAAGAAAAUGAGCAGGUUUUUGACACGGCAGUACUCCUUAUCCAGCAUCACAUGACCACCCCUCUGAUCUUGGCUGGAGAUGUGGGCAAGACCUGCCUUAAGGUCGCGGCGCCUAACUUCCGCUGAUGCUGAGGGGGCGGGAAGAGGCGGGCUGCGGAGUGUGGACUCCAAUACCUUCUCCCUCUUUUGCCUACAGGAAAAACCACUCAUUGCCGACUUCUCGUUGAAACGGCAAAGCUGCUUCGGCGAGUGGCUCAGCAAGUCUCAGUUACGGCUCAGCAAGUCUUCCAGGGGCGACUACCCUUGACGAGUGCAACAGCUCACUACAAAAGGGAAAAAAACAAAAAUUGGCUGAGAUGUCCGCUCCCCUGGGUAUCAUUCUUCAUAUGUGUACUCUGCCCGGUGUGGAUGUCGACUUGGCCACAGGUGUUCCAGAAACAUUGUAAAGUUUUUCCCUCGCGCCUUUCGUACAAAUGAACAAGGCACUACCUGCCAUAUUUGUGCCACAUACCCCUCCUCCGUCAUUCAACUCUUAAUAACUCACCGCUUGUGUUUUUACUUUGCCCCAAGUGUUUCAUUAUGCUCAAACAUGUUUUUCAGGGUAAGUUCAACAGCUGUCUGCCUGGUGCCAAAUUUAUACCCAAAGAAAACAUGUUUUAAAGGAUGGAGGGUCAAGUGAUUAAACCCACACACUUGCCUGCCUUCACUGAAUUCUUGUUUCACUCUGGAGUUUAACCCUAUUUGGACAUGCUAUAUGUCACAAAUUUCAUGCAAUCUGACUAAUCGGAAGGCCUGUUCUUACAGCCCGUAAAGGAUUGUGGGUGUUUCCAUGAAAACAAAGUGCUUUUCCUAAAUGUUGGAGCAUACGGACCACAAAUUACACAGGGAAAGGUCACUAUUCCCAAAUGUGGUAAUACUCCUUACUUGUAUUGGAAUUUUUAAAAAUAAGUCGGAAUACAUCACACAGAAGAGGAGAGAAAUAGGCACAUUGUCCAUUUUCAUGCAUUCCUUGUACUUUAAUUAAGAGAGUGUAUUUUCUGUGUAGCAUUUUAUAGUUGUUUUAUUUUCUUGAGCAUAUUUGUACAUGUAUUUUUCGGGUUCAGACACUUCGGGCCAUUUUCCAGACUGUUCUGUAAGCUCUGUGCCACUUGUUGCACAAAGAAUUCUAAAGCUAGGUAAACACUAUGUUCCCGAUGGCAACGGCAAUCACGUGUGCCCGAAACAUAGUGCGCCGUUGGAUUUAGGCAAUUUUUUCUCUGUAAUCAAGUUUUGCGAGGUCCUGCUAAGUUUUCUCACGGUCUGUUGUAAAGCCCAUUCUAAUCAUGUUCGGAUUACGUAAUUAGCCAAGUCCGCACAUUUCUAAAGGUGAUAGACAGGGCUAUUGAAAUUGCCUUCAGUUGAUUUCUCAAAAGUUGUUUUUUAUCACGUUGUAUGAAGUUGCCCUGCUCCCAGACCAUGCUCGCCAUUGAACGCAACACUCUGCAUCGCACCGGGCCUGUAAACUGUCACACAUCUGGACGCCCUGUUAUUGAACUUGACAAAAUGGCUACCGUACACACUAGCUUGCCUUGAGGACCGUGACAAAACGUGGCAAAACGGACAAAAUGUGCAGCAACCGUGACAAAACACCCGCUACACACGGCAGAAUGUGACAAAACCUGAAAGGACCGUGAGAUGCUGGGCAAAGUACAUGCUUCCUGUCCAACUACGAACCGUCUCCAUGUUUUGUUACGGUCUAUCACGUACGGCCCACUAGGUUUCUCAUCUGCACAGUGACUGCCGUGGCAAAAUAUUUGACAGUUUGGAGUGUUUGCCCAUCCCAUCCCCCCACGUUGUCUCACGUCCAUACCGUUUGUCCACUGCGGCCAGAAUGCGAUUGCCGUGGCCGCUGAGAACUAGUGUAAACCUAGCUUUAUGAAUAAUCUUUAGUUACUCCAAAAUUUACCACACAUAGCAAAUGUUUCAGUUUUAUUUGUUCUCCAAUAUUUUUAUUUGUUCUUCAGACACUUCCCCCCCCAGGAUGGAACUGCGCAUAAUUAUAAUGUCUAUACUUUCAUGUUUUGUACAAAUAUUUGUACAGUUCUUCAUUGCCUAGAAACAUUGACUUCCCUCUGAAGCAAAUCAGAUCAUAUCAAAAUGUUGAUUGCUCCUUUUUUUCAUUUGUACAUAUUUGAGGGGCCAUCUUGCUGCAUUAUAUCCAGAAUUCACGAUUUUAAAAUCUAGAGUCUACAGAAGUUACCUUGCAAAAUUGGUGUGUAUUAGUGUUUUUUGUUACAACGUACUGAAGACUUUUCUGAGAUUCCAAAAGGUACUUUAUUAUGGCCAUUAAGUGUUGAAUAGAGGCUCAGAGACACCUUCUGCAAAAUUACAGAUUUGCCGAUCAGCUGGUCUAGUUGGUGUACCAAAGGUUAUGCAUCAGAGCAUGUUGCCAAAUCUUAUUUUUGAUAGAACUGAGUGGAAUGAUGGAAAUGUACAUAUAUACUCACGUAUGAAAUAUUUAGCAAAUUUUGUAUGAAAGCCAUUGUAAAGUAUGUUUGUCAGAUCUUGCACAAUUAGAAAGGUUUGAUAUAAAUGUAUCAUUUAUGAGAAUAUAAUAGAAAUUGUUACAUAGGUGUUACGCGACAGCUCAGAGUGUGAUUUUAAAGCAAGAGGUUAUUUGUGAAAUGAAUAAAUCGUAUUGUAUUUGUUACAUUUUCUUCCAAAUAUAAAAUCCUUUUCAAUACAUUUCCAUUUAUAUUAGGGGUUGUUUUAUUUUCAGGCUCAACCGCUGAUGGCAGGGAUGUGAUUUGCACUCUUGAGUCUGUGAACACCGUCCUAUGUGUAGGAUGUUCAGUAUCUGAAGGUUCCUCGGCAAUGAGGAGGACCCUAAUGUUUUCAGGGACCAGUAUUUCAGCAGUUGAUAUGGGGGAAAGAGUUAUAUAAACAGACAUCACUUGACAAUCUGUGCACAAACGCAAUGAGACUGGUCUGAAACAUUUAUUUUCGAAGUAUUUUCUAAGUGAAUGCUUCGAUUUUUUUAGCAAAUGAUGAGCAGGUUAGACCGAGUUAUCAGGAUGGUCUGUUAAGGUUGUCAAAUUGGGGUUGUUACUGUAGUUGACUAAUCUCGCCCUCUUGAGAAUGAUGAGGUUUGUUCACUUUUGUUCACAGUUUCAUUUUCAAAUAAAAAAGGUGACAAUUAUCAGUUAGGUCAAACGUACAUGUUAUCGUGAGACUGUCAAAGGGACCAGCACAUGGCUUUAUGUGAUAAAGUUUGGGAAGGUCACUUCGAGGGGAAAUUAAUCUAGAUAAAUAUAGAUAAAAAAUGACGUUUUGAGUCGAUUUUCGAAUUGUUUUCUUUUUUCAUCUGAGCUUCCGCAAUACCAUCAACAUGUAGCUGGUGUAAGCAGCAGCGUUUAUGAACUAAAUUAAAACUGUAAGCGUAAACCGACUUAUCGGGGUUUCUGCGCGUGCAGAUUGCUCAAAUUAGGCCGUCGUCAAACGGCUUCCUCACCGCUGCUACCUCUUAUGCAAUUAAUACCCCAGCAUGUUUUACUGUCCACGUAUCUUAAACUUCCGUGUUUCAAGAACAUAGAAUUUUGUCAAGUUUUCGCGCGCAGGUAUUUCCAGUGGUUUUAAGCGAUGUUGCAGUAGAUAAGCGGGGAAAGCAUUAACAUUAUUGUAAUAAGCCGUAAAUUAUAUUGUAAAUAGAGGUCUAUACAAUUUCCUAGCAACUCAUUCAUUUGUAUUACCAGCACUCGUUAACUUACAGAGUAAAUAAAAGGAACCAAACUUCUCUGAA